AUGGCGAUAUCGCGGUUCUAUAAUUUGGAACGUAAAUUGUUGAAAGACCCGCAGGUAUAUGAGCACUAUCGCCAGUUCAUGCUCGAGUAUGAAACCCUUGGUCACAUGAAGAUGUCUUCAAAACCGGGAAAAUAUUAUGUUCCCCAUCAUGCCGUGGUGAAACGAGAUGGACCAAAAAUGAAACUUCGAGUGGUCUUCGACGCUUCGGCCAAGUCGUCUUCGGGAAAGUCAUUGAACGAUUUGCUCCAUGUUGGACCUAAGUUACAGACAGAUAUCACCGAGUUGUUACACCGUUCUCGUUUUAACCAAUAUAUAUUCACCGCGGAUAUUUGCAAAAUGUACCGCCAAAUCAGAAUUCAUACAGAAGAUUGUCAAUACCAGCAUAUAUUCUGGCGUGCAACACUACAAGAACCCCUACGUGACUAUGAGCUUACGACGAUUACGUAUGGACUCACGUCGUCUCCGUUCCAAGCGAUUCGAGUGUUGCACGAAUUAGAGCAAAACGAUGGACAUCUUUAUCCGACAACCGGUAAUGUUUUGUCAACACAAACCUACGUUGACGAUAUUCUGACUGGCCGCAAUAGCGUCAGAGAUUUACUUGAACUACAGGACGAAAUCACCGAGAUGCUCGGCCGAGGUGGUUUUGAGUUAAAAAAAUGGUCGUCAAACUGUAAAGAAUUACUCUCUAAAGUUCCAAAUGAAGAUCAAGCUAAUAGUUUGUCUUUUGAUCCUAAAGACGAUGCGGGAGUAAGAAUACUUGGAUUACAUUGGAAUCCAGCUGCCGACACCUUUACUUAUCACACGUCCUCCAUAUUAUCUAAUAUUCAUACCAAAAGAUCAGUGUUGUCAACGAUCGCCAAACUAUAUGAUCCUCUUGGUGCUCUUGCUCCCAUCAUAUUUUGGGCCAAAUGCUUCAUACAAUUACUCUGGCAAGCAGGUCUUCAAUGGGACGAGCCAUUACCGUCACACUUCACUGACCUGUGGAAACAGUACGAGUCUGAAUUGCACAUGGUCUCGGGUAUAAAAAUUUGUCGCCAUAUCCCCACCGAGAAGCUCACUAGCGUGCAACUUAUUGGUUUUUCAGAUGCAUCGGAGAAAGGUUAUGCCGCCGUGGUUUAUUUGCGCACUAUUCACCAGGAUGGGCGUGUACUAAUACAUUUUAUUACUGCCAAAUCAAAGGUUUCACCCUCCAAGACUAGCAACACCAAGACCACGUUGACUAUACCACGCUUGGAACUGUGCGGUGCACUAUUAUUAGCACAAGUGCUACAUCGGUUAACCAACACAUUUAAAGGUAAUAUAGUCAUCUCAGAAACAUUAGCCUGGACAGAUUCAUCCAUAGUGUUAUCCUGGCUCACGUCACCUCAGUCGAGUUUUAAAAUAUUCGUAACCAACAGACUUGCAAAAAUCGCCGAAAUUCUACCGACUUGUCAGUGGCGACAUGUUGUGUCGGAGUCAAACCCAGCGGAUUGUGUAUCAAGAGGUUUAUUCCCAUCACAGGUUCAUGACCAACAUUUAUAUUGGCAGGGGCCUCCAUUUUUAAAAUUACCGGACUCUGAAUGGCCAAUCACAUCGUUCAAACCAAUUCAACCAUCGCACCUGCCAGAUUAUUCGGAUCCAACAAACGCGUGCUUAAUGGUGGUACCGGAAAAGGAAGUUGAAUGGUUCACACGUUUUUCGUCAUUGAAACGUAUGCAACGCGUCACCGCAAUCAUGUAUCGGUUUAUAAGGCAUACGCGCACGAAACGUGUUCCAUACGUCGCACCCAAAAAUAUAUACGACCCUAUCUCCGAUGAAGAAAUUUCGAAUGUGAUGUUACCGAUCAUUCGUAUGACACAAUCAGUACACUUCGUAAGUUUGUUGAGGAUUCUACAAAUACCUACUACAAAGAUAGUUCCUCGUUCAAUUGCCCAACUUGCGCCGUUUAUUGAUAAAAACAACAUUAUACGGGUGGGUGGACGACUCCGAAAUGCAUUGGUAUCACCAGAAACAAAAAACCCAAUAUUGUUACCAAAAUCAAGUACGUUGACUACACUCAUUAUUCGUAAUUUCCACUUGAAUCAUUUCCACGCUGGACCUCAAUUAAUGUCAUCGUUACUAUCAAGUUAUUAUUGGAUAAUAUCCAGUCGAUCUGCCAUACGUUACGUUAUCUUCAAAUGCGUUGUGUGUGCUCGCCAUAGGGCGUCGAUUACUCAUCCUAGGAUGGCCGACCUCCCAUCCAGUCGAGUAACAUUAUGCCGGCCAUUUUUGCACGUUGGUAUCGACUUUGCUGGACCACUUAUCCUAGCUGAGAGCCGUCGUAAGAACUCACGAUCAAUAAAGUGUUACCUUUCUAUCUUCGUGUGUAUGACUAUCAAAGCUGUACACAUUGAAGUGGUUUCUGACCUCUCAACUAAUACGUUUUUGGCGGCUUUACAACGCUUUGUCGCUCGACGUGGUACCCCAUCAGACAUUUACACUGACUGUGGAACGAACUUUAAAGGAGCAGACCAAGAAGUACGUAACAUAAUGUUAGACUCCACUGCCAAGACAACAUAUACGAAUGCGAUUUCAUGUAGGUGGCAUUUUAACCCUCCUGCAGCCCCACAUUUUGGUGGCCUGUGGGAGGCGGCCGUAAAAUCCACAAAAUAUCAUUUAAAACGAGUUAUGGGUACUCAACGGUUAACGUUUGAAGAAAUGGUCACAUUAACAAGUCGUAUUGAAGCCCUACUCAAUUCUCGACCGAUAACUCCAUUGUCUGCUGAUCCUAAUGAUUAUCGUGCACUAACUCCAGGUCACUUUCUUAUUUGUCAUCCAAUGGUUGAAAUACCAGAAAAGGACGUAAUUGACAUACCUCAAAACCGCCUCAAUCGUUGGGAACUCCUACGACAAAUGUAUCAGUCACUCUGGAAAAGAUGGUCAACAGAGUACUUGUCAUCGUUGCAACGACGCACAAAAUGGGUAGACAAUCAACCAAAUGUUAAGGUUGACGAUUUGGUAUUGAUAAACAUGCCGAAUCAACCACCCAUACAUUGGAAACUUGGUCGUAUACAACAAGUUCACCCGGGUGCAGAUGGCGUGGUCCGUGUAGCCACAGUGCGUACCGAACAUGGAACCCUCACACGACCAAUAGUCAAACUAGCCAUCCUUCCUCUUGAUAAGUGA